AUGGGAAGCCACGCAGUUUCCGCGCAGAAAGCCCCAGCACCCCCGACUGCCCGCCGCACCCGCGCGCCCACCAGCCCGCAGCUCACAACCCCUGCUCCUGCCCUUGACCACAAACGCCGCUGGGUCAGGCCAGGCCGGACCGGGCCGAGCGGCGCCGGUAGCCAGGCGGCCAGGCGGCCCACGAAGGCCAGGAUCUGCGAGGACAGGAGUGCGCCCGGGUCCCCUCGCCUCGUGUCCUUCGGCCGGGCCGCGAGUCCCCUUUUCGCGUGCGUACCUGUGCCGGGCCUCCCUCACUGCCUCCCCACGCGGGAGGCGAAGGCGCCGGGCAACGGCGAGGGCGCGUCCUCCCAGUGCGCCUCCCCGCAGCCGGUGCCCGCCCGCCGGUGUCUGUGCUGCGGCGCAGCCCGGGCCGGUGCCCGCCCGCCGGUGUCUGUGCUGCGGCGCAGCCCGGGAGAAAGCCGGCCCGGCCGCCGCCUCCUCCUCGCCCUCCCCGGCUCCCGCCCCCUUCCCGGCCGGGCCGGGGCCGGGGCCGGAGACGCUGCCGCGGCGCACUUACCUGCUCGCUCCGCGCGGGGCUGUACCGAGGCGGCCACGGCCUCUGAGGGCUCCGGGGAGGGAGGACGGAGAAGGGGCGGGAGCCGGGGAUCGCCGAGCGCAGCGGAUCGGGCUCCGCCCGCGGCCGGCGAGGGCGCCGGGAGAGUUAGCGCGGGGAGGCACUGGGAAGAGGGUAACGGACUAGGGUGA